AUUUUAAGUAAGAGAUACCCAAAAAAGGCGUAAUAAUAAUAUAUAUCAGUAGCUAAAAGCUCAUGUGAUGUGCACUUGAAAACGACGUGACUUGAGAAAUUUUCCGAAAGUUUAAUUAAAUUAAAUAUAAAAAAAAAUAAAAAAGAAAGAAAGAAUCAAAAAAGUGAGCAUAAUUAUGGCCUUUCAUGAUUUGAUUCGUUCGCUGAUCAUUAUACAAUUUCCAAUAAUUUGUCUAAGCCAUGGCUUGCAAGAUGUGAUAUUAUCUCCAAAUGAAUUUAAUGGAAAAUAUGUGAAAUUCAAUCGAUUGAUUGAUUUGUCGACAAAGGUACCAUGGGAGGAACCGCUGAAAGAAAGUGCUCGAAUAGCCUUAAGCAGUCCUAGUGUCAAUAAGGACAUGCUGUUACAAGCACCAUAUGUAGGAUCAGCAAAUUUCGAUCCAUCAGCUUUCGGUGACAUUGUCAUACUAGCUAAAGGAAAAUUGAAAAAGUUUACGAACGAGACAUAUUUAUUUGAGGAAAUCCACGACGUGUGUGAAUAUCAGUGUCAAAAUAAUGCGGAUAAAUAUUUGGAGAAUGUAACAGCUUUAUGGAUGGUUGAAAGAAUAAGACAUCGCGAUGCGGAACGUCAAUAUCGUUAUGACUUGAAAUUCACAAUUGUACCUAUCUUUAGUGGCAGAAAUGCUCUAUUAAAGAGCAACAAUUUGGAGGAAAGAUUACGAAAUAUUUUGAAAAAGACAUUCAUUCUUAGAGACACAGACUAUCCAAAGUACUUUCAACAAAUUGUACCGAAAAUUGCAAGACGUGCUGAUAUUAAUAGAAGUAUGCCAAGUUAUGUGACACCGAAUCACUUGAUGCAUCAUGCGUACAGCUAUUCUCAUCCACCAAAAAUGCAUCAUUUAAAUAUGGGAGAAUUUAUGAAAAAGCAAGCAUAUGUAGUUCCAAAACAACCGUCACAAAAUAAUUAUUAUGUCCAAAAUAUCAAUCGAUAUCCAAUAAGAUUUCCUGAUUCCCGUGAAAACUUUUCAUCAUUAAAAAGUCCACCUUAUCGUGCAAAAUUGCCAAUUAAAGAAGAAGAGGAAAGGCAGGAAGCUCACAUUGUCAAUAAUGUAGUCGAUCAUCGUGGUGCUGUAGAUUUGAGUAAUAAGCAGACAGCACAAUCGUUUGCCAACUUCAAUUCUCAACAAUCUCAUUCAAAUGUCAAUAAUUCACCACUUAAGUCACUUCCUGCUCGAUCUACUGGCUUAUUUAUGUCACAACCAGCUAUUUUACUUCCACAAAUGCCAAUUUCCUUAUUUCAUGUAGCUCCUUAUACCAUUCCAUUGCAUCUUCAAAUGUCCACACCAGCUAAUCAAGUGCUUUAUGCACAGCAACAUGAUGUGACUACUUUUAGAUAUCCAAACUUCCUUAAUUCCCAUCAUCAAGUCCUCCCUCAGUUCCAAUAUCUUAACAAUAAGACUAAAACAUUUAAAGAAAGCGAGAGAAUCAUUCCUCAACAAAGUUAUUCACUUCCAGAUCCAGUUUAUCAUUCUACGUCCACAACAACUGAUAAGCCAAUUUAUCCAACACAAUAUACUCCAAAAUUGAGUAAUUAUGUUACUGCUAGCAGUAUUCAAAUCAAUUCUUAUGAUAAUAAUGAGUUCCAGCCAAUUGUGUCUCCAUUUUCAUCCCCAAAGAACAAAUUUGACAAUAAGAAGAUUGUCUUUAGUUCCGAUGAGAAGAUUCAGUCAAAAACUACAAAAUAUCAGACUAGACAUGCCACAAAUAAUAAAGAACGGAUUAAAUCUACAUCGACAACAACUCAAGCUACAAUUACAACAAGUACCACAGAUUUUCCACGAAGUUACGAACAAUUAGAUUAUGCGAACUAUGAUAUAGUCGCUACUCGUCCGAGCGUGACUAAGAAAACUACAGAAAAGCCAAUUCUUAAAUGGCUGCCGAAGAGGCAUCGAAACAAAACAUUAUUGAAUGUCAUAACAACUCCAGCACCUAUAAAAAGCUCAUUCUCAGCAUCAAUAGAAACAACAAGUCAAUCAUCAGUUCAUCCAACCAUUAAAGCAUCCACAUCUACGCAUUCGCAAAUAUUUCGCGGUAGAAAUCGCUUCUACAGCAACAAUAAUCAUCAAAAAAGAAAUUCCAGUACGUCAACCGUAACGGAAAAAUCGACAACACUUUCUUCCAACUUGAAUCAAAAUUUGAGCAAGCAAUUUAAGAGAAAAUUGUCUCUGACAACAACGCUGUUGCCGAUAACUACACAAUCGCCUAUUAAUGCUCAAACCACGACAGUUUUUCCGACACAUUCAGUUACAUCAUUUUAUGACACAAAAGAGCCAAUUACAUCGCAAAGUUACAGUACAUCGGUGAGCUUACAAGUUGAUGGUGCUGACAAGGUAGACACAACGGCUUCAUAUGAACUACUUCCGGCAAGUGUUGAGACAAUUAAUAGUAAUUCUACUAAUAUUAAAAUUUAUCGAGCUUCUGAGGAUGUAGAUGUGAAUGAUGAGCGGUUGAAUAUCGAUGAAAUUGCGUCGACUAUACUUAAACAUGCUAAAUCUACUGAUAAUGUCAAGAAAUCGAUAAAUAAGAAUUAAUAAUAAAAUAUGUUUUUAAUUUAAUUAAAACUUCUUUUGUUCUCUUUGGUCUCCGUAAGGGUUGUUGACAAACUAGUCACUGAAAUUAAUGAUCGAAAAAUAUUUAAAAUUUAACUGUCAUAAAAUAUUUAAAAAAA